GUGGGCACGUGGUCAUUCGAGUGGCCGAGCUGGGAAAGGCUGUCCGUCAUCCGUCAGAAAACUUCCGUAGUCAGAUUUACCCGCUCCCCCCCCUCUCUCUCUCUCUCUCUCUCUCCCUCUCCCUUCCUCGAAACAGAAAUAGGGGCGGUCACUUCUGUGUUGACGGUAUAAAAAUAAUGGGAAUCUCCUGGAGUAGGCUAGUGGAGAACCACGCGCAGGCAGCUUCCAGACUUCCCACACUUCGUGGAUGAUAAACUGCGGUAACAGCGCUACUCUUCCCCGGCACGCUACAGUGCCCAACCAGCCGGGAAUCUCUUCACACUCACCUCUAUAUUCCCUACACUUUCCCCGACCAUGGAGUUUAAAGAACUGGGGGGCGAAGAGGACUCUGACGCGGAGACCGAAGACUUAGACAGCCUGAAGGCGCUGACCGCGAAACUGAAACUUCAGACGCGCCGGCCGUCGUACCUGGAGUGGAAGGAGAGGCUGCAGAGCCGACCGUGGGAAGAGGUGCCCACGAGCCCGAACGGCACCGCGGUAUCCGCGGAGAAGGAUGCCGCCCCGCUGGAAGUCGUCAUGGAUAAGGACUCGGAUCCGACCGUGCGGAACGUCUGCGGCUUCGACACGCUGGACGACGCGUUGGACUGGCUGAGGAAAGAGCUGAGGGAGAUGCAGCUGCAGGAUAACCGGCUUGCGCGGCAGCUGAUCCGGCUGCGGGCGGAGAUCCACCGGCUGAAGGUGGAGCAGGUGUGCCACCGGCACAAGGAGAUGCUGGACGACGCCACGUACGAGCUGGAGGAGUGCGAGGAGGAGUCGGACCUGCUGUGCGACAUCCCGCUGAAGGCCGCCUUCGCCCUGUCCACCCCGCUCAAGCACCUGGGCCUCACCAAGAUGAACAUCAACUCCCGCAGGUUCUCCCUGUGCUAGGAGCGCCCCUCCUGAACCCCCAUACCCUGACCCCCACACCCCACCCCCACACCCCGCCCC